AUUCGUGUGUGUGUAUGGCUGUGUGUGGAUUAGGUUCCACCCUCGGCCACUAUCAGGUUGCCGAACCGAUAGCAAUGUGGCUGGACCUGGAAAUGCCGAUUACCAUCGGCAUUUGCAGUCACCACUUCCACGGAAUGUCACCGCGCGUGAUAUGAAUUCUGCGUCGAUGAGUGGCAUAGUGAACCCGGGUGACGACGUUAUUGUAACAGACUCUGAAGUUAGAAAACGCAACGUGGAUUCCAUUCUGAGAGAACCGGCAGCUCGGAAUGGUAUCCAAGUUGAGUGCCCCAAUUGGAACCCGCUCACGUCACCAAAUUCGGCAACAGAGGUGGUGGAACGUGUGGCACUUUCAGGAAUUUGAAUGACAGCACACGAUGGGCUCACUUUUGACCGCAGUUGUGCAACAAAAUCAUUGCGCAGUUGAGAAACGGCAAACCUAUGUUAGCUUUAGGUAGAUCCUAGAGUCCCUUAGACGAGGGAGACGGAGUGUGUGGUAGAGCUGGUGAAUGGUGAUGGAUGGGGCGGUGGAGAGCUGGGAGCCUGCUUGCCGUGUUGCUCUCAAGGGUGACGGAUGCUGCAGGGAUUUGUUUAUUCGAGUGUGUAUGUGUUGGCCUGGAUGCUCAUGCGGUGAUGGGAGCGUAUUUCGAAAAGCCGCUGGCGAGAGGGAUUUUGUGGGGAUGGUUGGUUGGCGACCCGUGGACGGCUUGAUUGAGUGAUAUAUAGUGCGGCCUCGUGAGGAGUUUGGCGCCGGUCGUGGUGGGAUUGCUAGAGCGAAUUCUGCUUUCUUGGGGAAGUGUGUAAGAGCUGGGUGACUUAGGCAUACUGCCGAUAUGGCAGAUCAUGAAGAGGAUGACAUUCGAAUCGGCCGUGUCUUUCAUGUCACUCGAUUAACCGGUAGGUUUGGGGGUCGCCGCCGAGAAGAUUCCCAAAACUUGGAGGGCGUGGACAUGAUUGAGUUGAGGGGUAGGAGUGCUCGUAUUGUGAUGGAUUCUACUGACAGUGAUAGCGAUUGCAUGGAAGGCGAGGAAGAAUAUGAAGAUGGUGACAGUCAGAUUGAGGAGGAGGAAUCGGGGGAGGGAUCGGAAGAGUCCAAUUUCUACGCUGCAGAACUAAGCGACAGUGAGGAGUUGCAUCAGAUUUUGGAUACUAGGGCAAUGUCGGGUGGAAGUGAAGACUAUGAAGCUAGUCAUGCAUCACUGGAUCAUGCUAUAGCGCAUUCUACAGCAAUGCGGCAUGCUCCCAGUAAAGGUUCAGCGAGGUUGGAGAAAGUCAAACGAGGGGAGUUUGUGAAUACAAUGACAAUGCUGGCGGGCAGAGAAUUUAAUGUUUCUGGUAACGGGAGAUUUUCGAGGGCUGAAUGCUGUCAUGUGGGUGCAAGAUAUCUUCCAUCUGAUGGUCCAUCUAUUGUGGAGGAUAUGAACAGUCGAGCUUACAUUGGGCAAUUUUCGGGAGAUGGAACAUUAUUUGUGGCAGGGUUUCAGGACCGAAGGAUAAGGAUUUACGAUGUCGACAAGGGUUGGACUGUUCGGAAAGAUAUUCAGGCCCGCAACCUUCGCUGGACUGUUACAGACACGGCUUUAUCACCGGAUCAGCGCUUUUUGGUGUACGCAUCUAUAACACCAGUUGUGUACUUGGUUAACGUAAGCUCUGAAAGUGGUGGUGUGACUUCUCUUGCGAAUAUUACGGAUAUUCACGAAGGCCUGAACUUCGCUUCAGAUUCAAGAGGGGAUGUAUUUGGGAUAUGGUCACUGCAAUUUUCUGAAGAUGGCCGCGAGCUUGUGGCUGGCAGCAAUGACAAGUGUAUUUAUGUUUAUGAUCUGGAGGCUAAUAAACCAGUUUUACGAAUCAAUGCUCACAAGGAUGAUGUGAAUGCUGUGGUGUUUGCUGAUGAGUCUUGUCACUUGAUCUUCUCCGGAAGUGAUGAUAACACGUGCAAGGUGUGGGAUCGGCGUUGCUUUACUCUUAGGGGGCGUCCUGCUGGACAGCUCGUUGGACAUUUAGAAGGAAUCACAUUCAUAGAUAGCAGAAAAGACGGUCGGUACUUUAUCUCCAACGGCAAGGAUCAGACCAUCAAACUGUGGGAUAUUCGAAAGAUGACUUCAGGCCCCACAACUUGCAAGAAAGAUCGAAAAAUUCCUUCAUUCGCGUGGGACUAUCGAUGGAUGGAUUAUCCUGGCAUGGGUCGUGAUGUGCGCCAUCCAUACGAUCAGUCCUUAAUGACUUACAAGGGGCAUCUAGUUCUGCGCACUCUUAUUCGCUGCUACUUCUCUCCUCUGGCCAGCACGGGGCAAAAGUAUAUAUACACAGGUUCACAUGAUGGUUGCGUCUACAUUUAUGACUUGGUAACUGGGAAACAAAUGUCAAGGUUGAGCUACCACCGGGGCACAGUGCGUGACUGCAGCUGGCAUCCAACAGAACCCAUGUUAGUCAGCAGCUCCUGGGACGGCCAACUCGCUAAGUGGGAGCAUCGUUUUGGGGACAAGUCCACAAUCGAAGCGCCCCACAUAAGCUACGACGAUUUCUUCGACUAGAUAUUAUGGUUCUGCAUUGCGACUACAGACCAAUUGUUCAGCCACUGCCCCUGUAGAUCGCGAUGAGGUCACCUUUUUCUGAAUGUUCGAUCGGUUAGUUUAGUGAGAAGCUGGAUUCAGUGCAGCUGAGUUCAAUUGCUGCGAAGUUGUGACAGCAAUCGGGCUAUUGUGGCAAGAACCAGCUUACUUGCGGUCCUUUUUUGGAGCAUUUUCAAUACCUCAGUUGUACAGCUGUAUGUUAGUUGGGAAAUGUAGAGUAUCUGGAAGUUAAAGUCCACAAUUUAAGGUCACCACCAACGGGGUUGUUUACUCAUCAUCUUCAAGAUUUACUAUUAUUAAGAGGACUGAUUAGACGCUAUUGAUUCUUUGCGGGACACCGUGUUUUAGACUAGGGCUGCAUACUAAUAAACAAUUUAAUACAUCGGAGAUUUAUGUUGCGUCA